AUUCUAUAAAGAGAGAGUGUUGAUCUUUGGUAUAUGGUUUGGCAAACAAAAACCACUGAUGUCUUCAUUUAUGGGCCCACUGAUACCGGUGUUCAAUGACUUAUACAAAAACGGUGUGCAAGUUCGUGGAAACACAUUCAGACUUAAACUACUCUCUGCCACAGUGGAUGUGUCGGCGAUGAGCCUGGUAAAGAAUACCGAACACCAUAGUGGAAAACAUGGAUGUGGUCUGUGUGAAGAUGAGUCAGUUUCAGUCGCCAAGGGGAGAGGUCACACAAGCGCCUAUUUAUGCCAUGAUGGUAAAAGUGUUAAGAGGACCAAUAUGAGGAUGCAAUCUCAAGCUCGAGAAGCAUUUGAUAUGAGCGAUGAUGCGGAUGCAUCAGUAAGCACAGUGAAAGGAGUUAAAGGAUACUCUGUGCUGUCUUUGGUUAAAGACGUAGAUGUGUCAACUCACAUGACGGUGGAUUACCUACAUGGUACUUGCUUAGGCGUCAUGAAAGCUAUGAUUUGUAUGUGGAUCCGUGAUAAACAGAAACCAUACUAUAUUGGCAACCGACUAGUGGAAAUAAAUCGUAGGUUGAGGAAAAUAAAGCCAACAGAUGGUAUAACGCCAGGUCCUCGUUCAAUAACUAACGAAAUAUCCCAUCUCAGAGCAUCAGAUUUUCGUUCGUUUCUCUGCUACUAUGGAAUGAUGGCGCUGAAAGGCAUCUUACCCGACGACUACUAUGUCCACUUCUCGAUGAUGUCCAUCGCCAUUCACACCCUUUCAAAGGACGAUAUAGCUGCAAAAGAUCUGACAAUUGCUAACGAGUUGUUGCGCAAGUUUUACCCUCUCUUUGAGGUAUAUUAUGGACAAGAAAACUGCACAAUUCACGUUCACAACAUGUGUAGGCACCUUGUAGACUCGGUCAGGAGAAGUGGACCCGUAUGGUCAUUUGGCUGUUUCAGCUUUGAGAGUAAUUAUGCACAGAUGGUUAAGUACGUUAGAGGAAGCAACGGCGUAGGAAUACAGGUUAUUAAGAACUACAGUUUGCUGAAGCGGGCAAGAAGUUUGGCAGAAGCAGCAAGCUGCAGCGAAGUAUCAGCAAUCCUUCUGCACAGAGUGUUGGGAGACGACUACACAAGAAAUCCUGAUGGUAUAUUUAAGUACAAACGAUCCUACGCCUCAACAUUUGACAUAGAGGAGUUAAAGAAAAGGUUAGAUUGCGAAGACGUUACCGCCAUGAAGAUAACAAAGACAAAGCCUAAGGAAGGAGGCGAGAUACUGCAUUCAUUGGAAGCUGCCCAGAAAAAAUCAAGGAUUUCUUAUGUAGUGUCGUACAUGGACAACAUCAAAAAGUAUGGCCGAAUCUCGUACUUCCUUGAAGUUGUCGACAAAGAGAAAGACACACUGACACUGGCCAGGAUACAACCGAGUGUUAUCAUUUCUGAAAAUGCUUUUAAGAAUGGAUGCGAAAACAGCUGGAAAGAACAUGGCCUUAAGGACAGGACUGGCAGUCAUGCCAAGGAAAUUGAAUUCAAAGGGUGUGAUUCCGUCUUAAUAGACGUUCGUGAUAUUGUUUCGAAAGUUCUUUUUAUGGAGACGGGACCUGAUCGAGGUGUUGUACUUCCAGUUGCAUGCAGAUGGGAGCAGGAUUAGAAUCUACUAGGCCUAUGGUGUGUCGGCUGUUUGACUUCUGAGUAUCUCCAGACUCAUUAUACCAAUCCAUUGACGUUUUGUACAGUUCCAGUAUCACGAGUCACGCAUUCUGUAACUUUUACAUUGUGCUAAACUGAUCUGUCUUAUUUCAAUACAGUACAUUAGUCCGAUGUAGCUAAAACAAUACAUUACAUUAUUUAGGCCUAAUGUUUAUUUCAUGGCAAUGAUCUUGAUAGCGAAACAUUUUAAUAUGUAUUCUGCAGUAUACAAGUUUCGAAAAGAAGAAAACUUUAUUAAACUGCUAUAUUUUAACUUUUGACUAUUGAUGAUGUCAGGCCUAGGCCUACAUACGGGCCUCCGUAGUUGUUUUAUCAUGGAGCGCUUAAAAUCUAUAAAUGAAAAAUGGAUAAAAUGUUUUAUACGUGUAUGAAUGAUUACACAACUUGCAUUUUACAGUUUCUGCAUGUUUAGUUCCUUGCAUGAUUGUUUAUUUUUGUAUAAAACAACUUUCAUGAUCUAUUUGGAGUUUAAGAGUAGUUUGAUAGAUGUAGGUAUGAUAAAUACUAUAACUGCUAGUAUAUUACUUUUAAAUACUUUGUAAAAACAGAGUGGAGGAUUAUAAACGCAAAGCUCCACGCAAUGUUGUCCUGUCUUUGGCGACACGUUUAAAAGCUAAACGUAUUUAGAUAUAUCUUAAUGUGUUUAGGUUCUUGACAGUGUUUAGAAUUAAAUGUGCUUAGGUAUUUGACAUCAUGAUGACUGGCCUAAACAUAUUAGGCCGGUCACCAAAGACAAGACAACAUUGCGUGGAGCUUUGCGUUUAAAUUCUCCACGCUGUUUUUACAGUGUACUGUACAUUUAAAAAACGCAUAGUCUUAAAAAAGAAAAGAUGACUGAGAAACAAACACAUCUACUAAUCUUCAUUUACUGUAUUCAAAUACAUUUUUUCUCCAUUGUGUUCCUGUCACGGUUGACGAUUUAAGUAUUUGUACAAAUAAAAAAAAAUUAAUUUAAUUCUAAAACAACCAAUCUGUAUAGGCAUAAAUAGGACGCACAGUUUCGGACUUCGCCCUUGGUCAGGUGCAAUGUUAUUAUUAUGUACGAUACUGUGAUAGUGGAGAUAAAACAGUAAAAUUGUCAACGAGUAACACGUUCUCUUUGGAUUUCUGUUUGUUCAGUUAAAUGUACAAAACAAUGUGCUUGCUUUAUACUAAGCUAAUUGCAGAUUCAUUUGAUUCCAAAACAACAUUAUAUUGUAUUAUUAAAAGUAAUGACAGUACAAAAACAAGAUGAGUUAAAUAUUCUAUUCUAUCAUGGUAGAUAGGUUUGAAAUGUUUUUGUAUUACACUGUAGAAUAAAGUGAACAAAAAUGUAUAAUUUUUUUAUAUUUAUUUUGUGUUUGAGAAUACGAUGUUUUUUUCCCAGACAAAAUCCUAAUAGUAAAAUAAGUAAACAGAUAUUUAAUCCCUUAAAUCAUUGUGGAGAGAGCUAAAGCCGAAAUCAUACGGUAACAUACAAACACACAGUGAUAAUAUUAAAUUUGUUUUAUUUUUACAACAAACAACUAUACAAUCAUAAACUGUACAUUCAUCAAUAAUCACUAACCAUUUACAGCAUCAGUUUGUAAUAAGGUUUUGUAAACAAUAGUGUAUACCAAAGAUAACAAUACUAAAUAGAUCCUUGUCAUCGGAAUUACACAUUAUUUUAAUGGCAAAAUAAUCAAUUUCUUGAUUUGCUGCAUUUGCUCCCCACUGAACACCUCAAUUGUGAAGUUUUCAUUGUGAAGAUGAUGGACUGUUCCUAAGAACAUUGAAACGACAAAUGACAAGACUCUAUUUUAGGUAUGUUCUUUCAUUCACUUAUUUCAGAUACAAAAUCCAUAUACCAUAAAUAUUAUAAAUAUUGUACAAAAAAUGACCUUUACAACUAAAGCCUAUAAAAUAAUAUAAGAACAUAGACCAGAAUGAUCUAGGCCUACUUCAACUUCUCACUCUCUAUAUAUAUCUAUAAAUCAAUCUUGAUCAUUUUUGGUGGAGAUUAGAUUAAACAAUAAGCAAUUAUUAGAGCUGCGAAUAAUACACUAGUAGAAAUUAUUAUAUGAAAGUUAAAUUAAUGCCUGAAAAAUGUACCAGAGGGCUUGCAAGGCAAGGUCCAAAGGAACUUUUUGAGUGCAUUAAUGAAUGUUAUAUAUUUAAGAAA